AUGUUAAGAAGAUGCGGUUUAUUCGUGUUAUGCACAGUAGUUGUUUCAUACGUUGAGGCCACUGUACCAGUCACAGCUACUGCAAAUGAGAUAAAUCAAUUACCAAGAAAGAAAACUGUGAACCCUGGAGCAGCUUUGUAUCCCCGGGCAACUGAAACUAGAGACCUUCGAAAUUUAGAUGGUGUGUGGAACUUUAGGAAAUCACCGACAGACCCGGAGUUCGGAUACAAAAACGGAUGGUUCGAACAGGAUCUUGAAAGGACUGGUCCAGUGAUCCCUAUGCCGGUACCCUCGUCAUACAAUGAUAUUGGCGAAGACGCCUCGCUGAGAGAUCACGUUGGUCUCGUCUGGUACGACAGACGAUUCUAUGUUCCGAGCUGGUGGGGUCAGAACGGCCAACGAGUUUGGCUCAGAUUCAGCAGCGUACAUUAUGCCUCUCAAGUAUGGGUCAAUGGUCAGUCCGUAAUGUACCAUGAGAUUGGUCAUCUGCCAUUUGAAGUGGAGAUCUCGGAUGUGGUCAACUAUAAUACAAGCAACCUUCUGACAGUGGUUGUGGAUAACACGCUUUUGAGUGAUACUGUACCACAAGGAACUAUACGCGACAUAAUGGUUGCGAACAACAAAGUUCGCCUGGAGCAAACGUACACAUUCGAUUUCUUCAACUACGCGGGCAUACAUCGGUCGGUCUUCUUGUAUUCCACUCCUCAAACUUUUAUUGAUGACGUCAUUGUUAACACGGACAUACAGGGAUUGACAGGCUUCGUAGUUUACAAUGUGACCUACAAGAGUGCAAGUAACGCACAGUGUGUGAUUCAACUGUGCGAUAAGAAUGGGACGCAGGUGGCCGGAUCGCAGGACUGCGCGGGGCUGAUGGAAGUUGGCAAUGCUAACUUUUGGUGGCCGUAUUUGAUGCAUCCCGAGCCGGGGUAUUUGUAUACUUUUAAGGCAUCAUUGAUAGGGCCACUGGGUGAACUAGUCGACACUUACAGUUUAAAGGUCGGCAUCCGAACAGUGACUUGGAGUAAUACCACCAUUUAUUUGAAUGACAAACCUAUCUACCUCAGAGGAUUUGGAAUGCACGAGGACUCAGAUCUCAGAGGCAAAGGCUGGGAUCCAGUUCUAUGGGUGAAAAACUUCAACUUAAUUAAAUGGGUUGGAGCGAAUGCCUUCAGAACCUCUCACUACCCGUACGCCGAAGAAAUCUACCAAAUGGCUGAUGAGCAGGGAAUUAUGAUCAUUGAUGAAUGUCCCAGUGGUGAUACUGAUAUAUUCACCGACUCGUUACUCGAGAAACACAAGCAGUCUCUCACCGAGUUGAUCAGACGAGAUAAAAACCACCCAAGUGUGGUGAUGUGGUCUAUCAGUAAUGAACCCAGGUCUGCUAACUAUAAAGCUGAUGCUUAUUUUGGUAAAGUUGUGAAACAUGUGAAAUCGAUGGAUUUGUCUAGGCCAGUCACUAUAGCCAUUUCGCAAUCCUACUUGAAUGACAAAGCGGGUCAACAUUUGGACGUUAUUUGCUUUAAUCGAUACAAUGGGUGGUACUCUAACACGGGAUCAUUGCUUAACAUCGCCUCUUACGUGACAGAGGAAGCUACAUCAUGGCAUCGUAGAUAUAAUAAACCAGUUAUCAUGACAGAAUAUGGGGCCGAUACGAUUGCUGGGUUACAUUUGAUACCUGAAUACGUUUGGUCCGAGGAAUACCAGGUAGCGUUGAUGUCGGAGCACUUCAAAGCGUUUGAUCGUUUGCGGCGAGUUGGAUUUUUCUCCGGCGAAUUUAUUUGGAACUUCGCAGAUUUUAAAACAACACAAACGAUAACUCGAGUGGGUGGGAACAAGAAGGGUAUAUUCACAAGAUCUAGGCAACCUAAGGCGUCUGCGCAUCACUUGCGCGCAAGAUACCACUCUUUGGCAGCGGCGGAGUCAGGCGCACCGCCACCGGACAUCGCGUAUUACAUCAGUGAUCAUAAACCACCGGCGCAUGAGGAAUUGUAG